AUGGAUGAAAUGCCAAAAAAGGGUUCAAGUAGUGUGCCCAAAUGGCACUCUUCUUCAGUCACAACCAGAAUUGUGAAUAACUUAAAUCCUAUAUGCCAAGCUACCCAACAAUUAACUCUCAAGGGGAAGUUCGUGAUCAUACACAACCAAAGCAAAUCAAUACCUGGAAAAUUAAUUUCUGUUCAGAUUUAUAGUGGGACUGAUGUUGAUCCUGAGACUGGUAAAGGGAAAUUGAGUGAGAAAGCAUAUUUCAAACAAGUAUUCAACAUGUUACUAAAAAAGGUGGCUAGACAGUUGGUGGAAGUUGUAAGGCACAAAGCAGGGUAUGGAGUUGAGGAAGAGACUGAACAAGACGAAAACAGAAGAACAAGAGAAAAUAGUGUGGAGGUGUUUCAUCAGACACCAAGAGCAUUAGUGGAACUAAGAAAGGAAGAGCUUGAUAGAUUGAGGGGUAAUGGAAUGGGAGAAAGAAAGGAAUGGGAUAGAAUCUAUGACUAUGACUGCUAUAAUGAUCUUGGUGAUGCUGACAAAGGUCCUGAGCACCAUAGACCAGUUCUUGGUGGCUCAAGGUUGUUUCCAUAUCCUCGUAGAGGAAGAACAGGUCGAAAACAUAGUGCAGAAGGUCCAUCAAGUGAGAGCCGGCCACAACCAAUGAACUUUAGCAUAUAUGUUCCAUCAGAUGAGAGAUUUGGCCCCACUAAAUUGAAGGAGUUGAAAUCAAACUGUGUCAAUGCUAUGGUACAUUUUUUACCACCAAAGGCAGAAUUUUUACCACGGCGAAAGUCUGCAAACUUUCAAUCAUUCCAAGAGUUACUUGACAUGUUUUCUAGCAAUAGGAGCCAAAGAAUGGAGGGAUGGAUGAGAGACUACUUAAAGAAACUGAUACCUCUUGAUUACAUAAAGGAAAUAACUAUUCCAAACAAGGAACUACCUAUCCCUCAAAUCAUAUCCGACAUUCCCACCUCAGAACAAAUUCGGAAUACAGAGUUCAAUACAACAAUCAAUCAUAGAACAGAAGCUAGAAGGAUGGACACUUUCUCAGGCAAAAUAAAUGCAAAUGGGGUAUGUGCUUAUGCAUCAAGGACUCUUCUAUUUUUAAGGAGUGAUGGCAUGCUUAAGCCAUUGACGAUAGAACUUAGCUUGCCAGGCCCAUCUCCCCACCUUGAAAUCCAUAGAGUUUUUCUUCCAGCCAAGCAGGGAACACAAGCAGCACUUUGGCAGCUUGCUAAAACUCAUGUUUUAGCUAAUGAUGCUGUUUAUCAUCAACUAAUUAGCCAUUGGUUAUGCACCCAUGCAGUUGUUGAACCAUUUAUCAUUGCCACCAAAAGAAGGCUAAGUGUUAUGCAUCCAAUCCAUAGGUUGUUGAAUCCUCAUUUCAAAGAUACCAUGCACAUAAAUGCCCUGGCAAGACUCAUCCUUAUAAACUCAGGAGGAAUUCUGGAGAGAAUAUUGUUUCCAGGUGAAAUCUGUAUGCAGAUCUCUUGUGAUCUCUAUAAAGAGUGGAGAUUCAAUGAACAAGGACUCCCUGCUGAUCUACUCAAAAGGGGCAUGGCUGUAAAAGAUCCAGACAUGAAAAACCCCACAGGGAUUCAACUUCUGUUGCUGGACUAUCCCUAUGCCACUGAUGGACUUGAAAUAUGGGUAGCAAUCAAAGAAUGGGUCCAAGACUUUUGCUCAUUCUUCUAUAAAGACAAUGAGGCCAUUGAGGGUGAUGUUGAACUCCAAUCCUGGUGGUCAGAGAUUAGAACUCAAGGCCAUGGUGACAAACACAAUGACACAUGGUGGGACCAAAUGACAUCACUCUCAAACCUUGUGGAGGCACUAACAACCCUCAUAUGGAUUGCUUCUGCCAAACAUGCAUCUAUAAACUACGGCCAAUACGCAUACAGUGCCUACCCUCCAAACCGCCCCACACUAUGCAGGAAAUUUGUUCCUCUAGAAGGGACAGUGGAGUUUGGUGAGUUCCUCAAGGACCCAGAUAAGUUUUUUCUCAAGAUGCUUCCUAAUAGGUUUGAGAUGAGUCUUGCAGUGGCAUUGGUGGAUAUUCUCUCAAGGCACACUUGUGAUGAGGUCUACUUGGGGUGCCAGCAAUCACCAGGGUGGAUAGACAAUGAAGUGAUUCAAAAUAGGUUUGCUGAUUUCAAACAAGAACUAAAGGAGAUUCAAUCAAGGAUCAUGCAAAGGAAUAGGGAUCCUAAGCUAAAAAAUAGGCGUGGCCCUGGAAACAUUGAGUACACUCUUUUGUUCCCUGAUGCAGCUAGUUCUUCUGCCUCAACAAGUGGAAUCUCAGGAAGGGGAAUACCUAAUAGCAUAUCAAUUUGA